GAGAUUCUUACGUAUCAUUGGGCCACCUCUUUAAAAUUUCAAAGCAAGCAAUAUCAGCUGACAUUGUACCGGAAGUCUGUGAUGCCCUGACAGUAGCGCUACGAGAUUACGUAAAGGUACCCCGAAGUACAGAAGAAUGGGACUGUGUUGAAAAAUUGUUCAAUGACAAAUGGAACUAUCCUAACUGUGUGGGUGUCAUAGAUGGAAAACACAUAAAUAUUCAAGCACCAGCAAACUCAGGCACAGAACAUUAUAAUUACAAGGGUUUUUUUAGUAUUGUGUUGCUUGCUGUAGUGGAUGCAAAUUACAAUUUCAUAUACGCGAACGUUGGUUGUCAGGGAAGAAUUUCAGAUGGUGGAGUUUUUAAUAGUACAUACUUUAAGAAAUGUUUAGAUGACAACACUAUUCACCUUCCCCCUCCACGCCCUUUGCCGCAAUUAAGUCUUCCGGUGCCAUAUGUCUUUGUAGGAGACGAAGCUUUUCAACUAACCACAAAUCUUAUGAAGCCAUUCUCUGGAUUGCAUGACAAAGGAACAAAAAAAAGGAUAUUCAACUACCGGUUAAGUAGGGCUCGAAGAGUUUCAGAAAAUGCAUUCGGUAUAAUGUCUUCUCGUUUUCGUAUAUUUAGAAGACCAAUUUUAUUGCAGCCAAGUACAUCAAAAAAAGUAACAUUGGCUGGAGUUUAUUUACAUAACUAUUUGAGGAAAAGCGGAUCAAGAAAUAUGUACUGCUCCGUUGGGAUGUUGGAUAUGGAGUGUUCUGACAGUGGAGAAGUCACUCCAGGUAUAUGGAGACGAGAUUCAUCAAGUUGUCAAAUGAAUGAUUUGCCUACAGUUCCCAGGAGAAGUUGUUUUGAGGCUCAAACAGUGAGAGAGGAAUUAGCAGAAUAUUUCAUCAGUGAGCAAGGGAAACUCCACUUCCAGUAUGAUAAGUGAUUUGAAUACGAUUGAUUGUUUAAUUUCUUUCAUUUUGUUUUUGGUUCUUCUUUCAAGAUAUAUGUUCGGAAUAAUAUAUGUAUGCAAUUAAGUCAAAAAUAAAAAAAAUGCGUUAAUA